CCCAUUCCCUGAUAGUUCAAUCAUGUCUGAUGUAAUACUGAAGCUUUUACUGUCCUGCUCUUUCCAUUUUAUUUAUCCCCUCCCCUCUGUUUUAUGGCAUAAUCUUAUCAAGCCAACGCCCUGUUAUAAAGUAAAUCUGCACACAAGGCUGCACAGUAAACUACUUGUUUUCAUAGCAUCCUCAAGGAACUUCAAAGUCAUGAGAAGCUCCUGGCUCCUGUUCAUCUGCAUCUUAUCAGGCAUCACAGCUACAGAUUCGCGUUUGUCAUGUCUAGUGUGUGCGGCAGAAAAUGCGAAGAACUGCGAAGGAGAACUAACGGAAUGUCCAUUGGCCACUGACAAAUGUAUCUCAAUUCAUGAAGUAACAAAAAUAGGUGCACGAGAUAGGUCUCUGUUCAUGAGACUGUGCGGUAACUGUUCACACGAUAAGCCGAUGACUGUGCGGUUCGACAAAGGGAUUCUGAAGAUCAAUGUAGCCUGCUGCAACACGGACGCUUGCACGCCUCCUGAACCCACCAUUCCACCAGAAAAACCUGGCACCAAAGAUGAAAAACUUAAAAGCAAUGGAAUUAGAUGUAAAUCCUGCUUUGCUGAAAACGCUAAAGCUUGCGACUGUAACACCUUUGUGAAUUGCAGCGGGGAGGAGAUGAAAUGUAUUUCGCGGCAGAUAUCGGCUUCCUCAGGGAGUUACAACCAUGUGGCCGCCAUACGAGGCUGCGCCACUAAAGACAUGUGUGAAUACCGCACAGAAAACAUAACAUCAAAGGCCAUGCAGACCAUCCAGCUGAGAACCAGUUUCACAUGCUCGGAUGACAGUGACAGCGUCCACAACAGUUUAUUAUUGCUGGUCCUUACUGCCACUAUGUUCUCCAAGUUUACAACAGCCAUGUGAUGUCCACCUGUAAAAUAGCUUUCUGUACCAAGAAAAACAGUGCAAAAAAGUGUAAUUUUACAAAUGCUUCGCUUUACUGAUUACUAAUAUUUAUAUAAAUUAUUCUUCAUACAUAUCCAAAGCUAAUAAAAUCUACUGUGUAGUGUAUUAUGGAAGCUCACAAGAGAGACCGGUAAAGAUAAGGAACUAUCUGGAUAAGCCUGGGAAAAAAGUGAAAUUCCUUUCGUGUCCGAUUCGUCAAAUUAAAAAAAAAAUUGAUUCGUGAUUCUACAUGAAUAAAAUCUGCUCCAAUUGGCCUCAAAAUUGGUAUAUGACACUACGAGGCCUCCUAGGAGAGUGACACUGACAUACAGCGGGUUAACACAUGGGUGAUGGAUGUAGAUGGUGUUUAAACACACACUGUGUUAUGGGAAAAAAUAUUGGCUUGCUGGGACCAAGAGUUCAAAAAUUAAUGGGGGCAGAUCCCUUCUGCACUUAUCUUUAGAACGGUGCACCGCCAUCCUCCAUUCAUUGCUAUGGGAUUGCUGAAAAUAACCAAGCGGCUUACUCGGCAGUCCCAUUGAAAUGAAUGGGAAGCAAACUUCACAAGUACGGUAACCCCACCGCUCCAUUCACUUCUAGGGGGUGACAGAAAUAGCCAAGCCAGCAUUUUCAGUGCUCCCAUAGGAAUGAAUAGAGGGUGGCAUGCAUCCUCCAUCACUUUACGGGCUCCGUUCUAAAGAUAGGUGUGGGUCCGCAGCACUUUACAGACAUUAGCCUCAAGCUGUCCCCAAUGGGGCUCACAAUCUAAGUCCCCUAUCAGUAUGUCUAUGGAGUGUGGGAGGAAACCGGAGAACUCGGAGGAAACCCACCCAAAAACAGUGAGGACAUACAAACUCCAUCCAGAUGUUGUCAUUGGUUGGAAUCAAACCUAGGACCCCAGCGGCAAGGUACCAGUGCUAACCACUGAGCCACCGUGCUAAAUGUAAAUUAUACCCUACGGUGAACGCUGUAAAAAAAUAAAAAUACAUUUUAAAUGACAGAAUUGCUAGUUUAUACUUAGUUGCCACUAAAAAAACUUAAUGAGGGUCGCAGGGGCGUAGCUAGAAAUGACUGGGCCCCAUAGCAAAAAAAAAUUAUGGGCCCCCCCUCCCGGAUCUCCCACCCCCACAUUACCUCUCGGACCUC